CUUUACUUCGCGUGUACUAUCAUUUUCCUUGUGUUUUACUGAAGGUGUUCGGUUUAAUCCUGGUUGACGCAGCACUAAUUAUUGUGGCUCUUCACUGGAUAAGCAGCGGGCUGCUCGCAUUACCUUGUGUUUCUGUCGUGUCGCAGAGAGCUAGCUGGGCAGCUAAGGCUAGCUUUUCCCUGCUAUGUAGCUAGCCUGCUUAGAAACACCGAUGCGUCCAUCAUCGGACAUAUCUCACUCUGACAUGGUUAUUGCUGUUUAUCAUUCGUACUUGAAACCUAUACUGUCAGUGAGAUAUGCGGCCAAACAUCCACAGAGACAGACGCAUGUGCAUGUGAAAUUUGUGUGCAAAUACAAGCUUAAAUGUUGGUGUAUGGACUAAUUUGAUGCCUAGUGGUGAAAGCGCAUCCGCUUAGGGUGGUGAAGAGGCAGCAGCAAUUGGCGGUGUCGUCUAUUUCUGCUUACGCUGUCAUUGGCUUGUAUGUGUGGAUGAUGCUUUGGACUGAUCCUCGUCCUGACAGCAGACAGUCGUGACGGUGCCGGUAACCGACGAGUAGGAAAUGACCUAGAGGCCUUACAGAUACAUUUGUGCUUUUGUCGCUCCAGUCUGGACCUGUGGAGAACAGCGAGACCUGGAAGCGUGCUUGUUUCCCCAGUGAGUAAUAUCUACCUCAGCCAGAAGACAGGGGGAGACCAGGAAGCUGCUGGAGACUUUAGACAGACAGACGGAGCUAUCAGCUGGUCACUUGCUCACUGCCUGGAGAUUCCUGCUUUUAGAGGAGGAUUUGAGACGGACUGGGUCUGUCUGCCCUUCGCCUCCCACUAACUUCUCUACCAGCCAGUGCAAAAGCAAAGCAGAAGUCACAUCCUCUGGUUCCAGCAUUUACUUAUUUGUUUGCUUUGUUCUAUUUUUUUUUAGUUAACUCACUCUGUGCUGUUGACCAGUGACACAUUUUCCUUGGAUUCAUUUUUGGUUUCAGCUUUUAAAAGGAUUUUCUAUUUUUUAUUAGUGCAGACUGGUAUAUGUACAGAUAUCCAAGUAUUUGCAUCUGUAUACUGUAUGAAGAAGGAUUUCUCCCCAUUUGAAGGAAAGUGAAUUACUGUAACACUUAAAAUUUGGCUGUAGGUGUGAUUUUGCCUUUCCUCCCGUAUUAUGAGAAUUUUGUUUGACGCUGGAAACGUGGAAACUGGUGGUGCGUCUGUGCUGUUUUUUAUACUGGGCCUGACAAAUCUGCAGCAGGACUGCAUGUAACAUUUCUCUCAGCCUGCCAGUUUUUUUCCAUCGCCCUCGGACCUCACCUCUCCCUGUGCUGCUGCUCCACCAGGCACACUGCGAUGAGCUUCUGGCAGGUGGAAUCCUUAGGCUGUCUUUUUACGUAACUUGAACAGUUUAAGGAUUGUUUGGUUUGUUCUUUUGUAAAGAGGACAAGAGCACUUAGUUGGGAAAAACAAAAUAAAAACAGCUUCCGGUGCUGUUGCACCACUUAUGUAUUGUUGCAGUGCGCAGGAAAGUAAAAUGGACUACAAGCGUCGCUUUUUGCUCGGCGGGUCCAAGCAGAAAGUGCAGCAGCACCAGCAGUACCAAAUGCCUGAGCUGAGCCGGACCCUGAGCGCCUCCCUGGCCUCCUCCUGUUCGGCCUCUUCACCCAUGGGCACAGGUGUGGGCAUGCCUGGCAGCUGCCACCCUCCGCCUUCUGCUGCCACCACUGCAGUUGCAGACAUCCAGCAAGGCAUCUCCAAGUAUUUGGAUGCCCUCAAUGUAUUCUGCCGGGCCAGCGCCUUCCUCACAGACCUGUUCAGCAGUGUGUUCAGGAACUCUCACUAUUCCAAAGCAGCUAUGCAACUGAAGGACGUGCAGGAACACGUCAUGGAGGCGGCCAGCAGGCUGACUGCAGCAAUAAAGCCUGAGAUUGCCAAGAUGCUGAUGGAGCUGAGCUCUGGUGCCGCAAAUUUCAAAGACCAGAACGACUUCAGCCUGCAGGAUGUUGAGGUACUGGGUCGGUGCUUCCUCACCGUGAUGCAGGUCCACUUCCAGUUUCUAUCGCAGGCUUUGCAGAAGGUCCAACCUGUGGCUCAGUCCUGCCUAGCAGAGGCUCUUGCCCAGGCCCAGGAACGUUGUGCCAACACCCGCUCCCAGAGCUCUGACCUCGGGCCCCUCACAGAGCUGGAGGAAGCCUCCCGCUCAUGGAAAGGUGCAGCUGAGGCUACGACAAGGCUUAGAGAGAGGGGCCGGGACGGCUGCCUGGCAGGCAUCCAGGUUCAGCAGCUCUUCUGCUCCAACAAUACCACCAUCCCUGAGCACCAGCUGAAAGAGCUCAACAUGAAAAUUGACAAUGCUUUACAGGCCUACAAAGCAGCACUUGAGAGCCUGGGCCAUAGUGAGUAUGCGCUAAAGGCCGGCUUUCAUCUUAGCCCCAAAGCUGUGGAGGAAGCUUUACAGGGCUGCUGCAGUGAGGCGGAGGCCCAGCAGGCAGGGAGGAUACAGACCACCUCCCAGCCUAUCCAGUGUGAGCUUCCCACAAUCCCUGUGCAGAUCGGUUCACAUUUCCUCAAAGGAGUAUCCUUCAACGAGUCGGCGGCUGAAAACCUCAAACUGAAAACGCACACGAUGCUGCAGCUCAUUAAGGAGGCAUUGGGCCAGAACGGGGUGACCCCCAGGGACGACUCUCCAGUCACAGAGGUCCUCAACCAUGUCUGCCCAUCCAGUUGGAGAGGAGCCUGCAAGACAGCUGUCCAGCUGUUGUUUGCCCAGGCUGGUCUGGUGGUUGUUGAUACUGCUCAGAUUGAGAACAAGGAGGCCUAUGCUCCGCAGAUCACACUGGAAGGCUCUAAAGUGGUCGUCCAAGUACCUUCUACAUGGUGUCUGAAAGAGGACCCAGCUACCAUGUCCUUGUUGCAGCGGAGCUUGGACCCAGAGAAGACUCUUGGUCUUGUUGACAUGCUCUACACAGCUGUGUUUGACAUCAACAGGUGGAAGGAGGGAAAAGAGCAGGCCUUGCCUACUAUUCAGAUGCAGCUGCAGCGGGAGAGUCCAGACUAUGGUGCCCAUGUAGACCUGCCUCCAGGCACCAGCACCAAGUCCUCCAGCGGAUUGCCCAAAACAAUAUCCAAGCUGACUUCCAAGUUCACCAAGAAGGUCUCAUCCAGCUUGAAUAGUGGUGGCAGUUACUCCAUCCCCAGCACCCCGUCUCGCAGCAUGCUAACAGCUAGUAGCUCUGAGGAAAAGACCAAGAGCCUGGGCCAUAGUGAUGGGAGGCUCCAGAGUAUCCUGCAAAUGGGAAGCCUGUCCUGCGCCACUGACCCCACACUGCAAGGCCAGCUGGCCAACGGCUUGCUGUCUGAGGACCAGGGCAUGAACUUGCCCACUGACCAAGAGAUGCAGGACGUCAUCGACUUUCUCUCAGGAUUUAACAUGGGUAAAUCUCAGCAGGCCUCGCCCCUGGUCAAGAGGAGAAACUCUGUAGCGUCUGCAAACCCGGCUGAGCUGAAGCCACCGAGUGGACCGCCGCCAACAUCCCAGUCCAUCUCUCACAGUGCCCUGCAGCCUCAAGCUCAGACGAUGCCCCAGCCUCAGCCUCCACUAGUGCAGAAGCAGCAGCCUCAACCGCAACCACAGCCACCUCCUCCGCAGCAACAACCCCAGCAGCAGCAGCCACCCCCUCCUCCACCUCAGCAGCCCUCCCCACAGGCCCUCCAGUACUACCAGCACCUCUUGCAGCCCAUCAGUCAGCAGCAGCCACCUCCUCCUCAGCAGACUCCACCACAGGUCCUGCCCCAGCAGAGAGUUCCAAGCAAAUGGCUCGGCACGUCUGGGCAACAACCUGCGCCGCAAGGCCCCCCAGCAGGCCUGUCACCUCUGGGUCCCAUCGGGCAGUGGGCAUCUCCUGGACUGCCAGAUCUGAGCUCAGACUUGUAUAGUCUGGGUCUGGUCAGCACUUACAUGGACAGUGUCAUGUCAGAGAUGCUUGGUCAGAAGCCACAGGGGCCUCGCAACAACACCUGGCCCAACAGGGACCAGAGUGAAGGAGUGUUCGGAGUCCUGGGAGACACACUGCCAUUUGACCCAGCAGUUGGCUCUGACCCAGAGUUUGCACGAUACGUUGCUGGCGUCAGUCAGGCCAUGCAGCAGAAACGGCAGGUGCAGCACAUCCGUCGCCCCAGCAACACACGCAGCAACUGGCCAAUGCCUGAUGAGCAGCACAGGACCUGGUCCCACCCUGAGUAUUACAGUGAAGGUGAGGCCAUGAACAGCAGCUGGUCGGCCAAUCAGGGCGACUCCGCGAGCUCCAGCGACGAGACUUCCUCAGCCAACGGUGACAGUCUGUUCUCCAUGUUUUCUGGGCCAGAUCUUGUAGCAGCAGUGAAACAAAGGAGAAAACACAGCUGUGGCGAACCAGAGGUGUGCACUCUGCCCUCACCACCACUUCAUCACACCAGUGAUGAUAGCCAGGACAGCAAAACAAAAACCUGGCCUCCCAAAGCACCGUGGCAGCACUCCACCCACACCCACACCCACGCACACACCAACACCAACACAAACACCAUGCCCAAUCCCAGCUCUUCCUUGUACCAGAUGAACAUCCCCCCUUCCUCCCAGUGGAGCGACUCCAUGCAGAUGCUGCAGUCUCCCGUGUGGUCCACUGCCAGCGACUGCUCCCCCUCCACUGGCAUCUCCUCUGGUUUUCCCUUCACCCAGCAGCAGCAGCAGCAGCAGCAGCAGCAGCAGCAGCAGCAGCAGCAACAGCAGCAGCAGCAGCAGCAACACAAACCCAUGACUAAGGGCUUUAAAUCCUUCCCCCUCAAACAUGAGCACAGGCCCUCCUACCUUCACCAGUACUGACCAAUCUGUCGACGGUUAAGUGCCAUGGAACGACCUGUAGCUCCUGUUCAAUGAGCCACUGAGUGGGCCGCGCUGCAGCCUUCACACUCGACACCCACUGAAUUGGAAGAUUUCAAAGCCUCAGAGGCAAAUUUAAGUAAACACACUGGCUUAACAUUUUUUUCUAUCUGUAUUUUUCCACAUCAAACAUCAAACAUCGCCCCCCAUUUGAGAAAAAAAAAGAAAAAGAAAAAAAGAGAGGUAUUUUGAAGUUUUUCCAACUGCCAUGCUUUAACUGGGAGAGGUGCAUGUGUCACACUGGCAGCAGUUAGUCUGGUGAUCUUUUCUCUGUUUGUUGAGCCGGCGUCUCCUCAGACAAGAGCGGGAUACAUGCAUGGCCGUCACCCACUUGCUUCUGCAGCUGAACGUGUGUGUGUGUGUGUGUGAGAGUGUGAGUGUGAGAGAGGAGGGGAUUACGAGGGGCAGGGGCUUGAAAUGCCCUCAUUUUGCCCCGUAAUGAAUAUACUGUGUCUACAAUAGCUGUGACUGCCAAAUCUCGUGUAAAGAUGACUCAGAAUACAGCUACCAUCUACUGUUUCAUAGCUUGUAAAAUACUGAAGUUGAAAUAUAAAUAUUUAGUUCUUUUUAUUAAGAGGCUUUGAGCAGGCUCAGCGUAAAAUAUAGUAAGUCACUGCGGAGGUGUCGUCGUUUGAAAAGGAAUACACUACUUUUUUCUUUUUUGUUUCUCAACAACUGACCAGAGUUUAGAGUUAUAGCAGUAAUUAUGUGCCAUGUUGGUAUUGAUAGCACUUGCAGGAUAUAAUUUCCAACCAAAGCGUUGCCGAGAAGAUGAAUGGUGCUGAAGAAACAGACGGGACAUUAUCGAUAAAACAGUGAAGUUCCACGCCCUGCUGGCUGAGAUCAUUAGGGAGCGUCUUCACACCUGUUCAUUUCCUCCUCUUCUAAUUGGCAGUUGAUUGCUUCAGAAUUGACACUAAUUCCCAUGAACCUAACGUUUUUUUUCUUCUGUUUAAUAAUACAAUAUUUUUCUUGUACAAUUAUUGACAGUAUUAAUCUUAUUUUUGUAUUUUCUUACAUGUUAUACCAUUACUGUAUGUUAGUAUUCUUGUAGCCAUUUUACAUGAAACAUUAUUUUCCACCUCCCAAUAUGUGAAAAAAAGCACAUUUUUUUCCUACAGAGUUGAACUACACCAUCGAUCUAUAAAGGUUACCAAAUAUGCCAUGCUCAACACUAAACCAGUGUGUGAUGAGGGUGUUUUUCGAGCCCUUGUUUCUUUGGUUUCUAUGGCAAUGGGCUGCAUUUACGAGCCCAGAAUGUUAUCUUUUUGUGAUGUUUGCGGAUGCCAAUGUUGCCUGUAUUUAUGAAAUGACACCAUGUUUUCAGAAAACUAACAUACUUAACAUGUUUACAGAGAAUUGUUUGCUGUAUAUACAUAUAAAUAUAUAUCUUUUUAUAGUUAAUGUGCUUUGCACAAUCAAGAUAUAGGGUUUGUUGCUUUUUGUCUGUGUUAUCUCCCUCUAACUGUUGCAGCCUUUUUUAAAGACAUCAUUACAGACCUUGGACUGUAACUGUUAGCUUCUCAGCUGUGUCAUAUGGUUUACUAGUGGCUUCUAUAAAAGAUUUAAAAAAGAAAAAAAGAAAAAAAAGGAAUAAUAAAAACAUGUUGCCCUGAUGGAAGAUAUGAAGGGGGGGCUGCUCGGCUUAUGUUGCUUAUUGUUCUCUUGAGCUGGCAACUGAAUCUUUCCAAGUGUACCAGCAAAGCAAAAAAUGAAUAAAAAUUACUAGCAAUUCAA